CUUCUUGGCGGCCAAUCCGGGCGCCGCGUCUUGCGGCGCGUUGCCGUGGUUACCACGCGACGCGCUGCCCCCGGCCCGCGGCCGCCGCCAUGCAGGGCCCCGGCGGAGCCCGGCGGCUGCUCGGUGUCAGACAAGGAUCGGGAACGAGUUUGGGCAGCCAGAGAAAAGGCAGCCUCGCAAGCGGCGCCUACACGAGCAGGGCAGCGAGACGCAGGAGCCAAUUCACCAUUUCCUAUGGCAAAGCCGCGGACAAAGGCUCUCCCGUGGAUAAGAAGUACGCUGUGCGGAUAUUUUGCACCAUUUCUGUAAAGAGACCUCCAAAGAAGUCCCAAGCAAGGGUGACAGCCCUUCCAAGGCUGAACCCUACUGGGAAAGCAGGAAUGCAACCCUCCUCGCCCCCGUCACUGGUUUUUGAUGAUGAAGGGAAGGACGUGACCCCCCACCCGCUCUUCCAUUCAGAUCCUGAUACUGCUGUACCCAGGCAAGCCAAGCUCCUCGCAUCGAGUGAUUACUCUGGAGGUGUUCUCUCCUCUUUUCCCAUGCAUCAGACAGGAGGGGACGGUAGUUUUGUAGACCCCUUCUCAAGAAGGACGUGUGGAAACAGCAGUAUUUCUAAACCAAACGCAUCAACAAUGGAGUUCAUGCUAGAUGAAAUUGUAGAACCUGGCUCUCAAGGAGACACAGCUGUUAGCUUAUCUGAUGUACAGGUGAGGCGAGAGGAGGUAGAAGAGCAACUGACAGAAGAAGACUUAGAUAGGAGAGUGGAUAUUUAUCUCACGGAGACGGAAACUAUCUGGAUGUUGGAUAUACCAUCUGUUGUGGCGUCUGUAGAAUCAGAAGACGCGGGGAGAAUUCUGGAGCGUAAUAAGAUUUAUGUUGACAUUUGCAAAAAUAGACCUGGUAAUGAUCGCUUUGUAGAAAAAAUGAUGCAAACCAUUAACGGAGCUGCAAAGAACAAGGAAGUACAAUGUGACAAAAUCGUCAUGGAAGAUAAAGGGAUGGUGGUCACUUCCUGGGACUUGUAUGAUUCCUUUAAUGUAUCAGAAACAGAACCUACAUCAAAAGGAGAAGCCACAAAUGGGAAGAGUAGCACAUCUCAUAUGACUAAAAAGCAUGACCAGACUGCAUCUGUGACUUCUGCCAGAGGCAACAUAACUUCUGUGACUACUUUGGAAAGUGCUACUCUUGCCAGAAUCCAUGAAGAGGAGAAAAACCGUUUAGAAGCUAUAUUGACAUCAGAAAACUUUCAGCAGGAUUUAUUUUUCAUGGAGAGGGUUCUAAUGGAAAAUAUUUUUCAACCCAAACUCGCAGCUUAUCGACAAUUUCCUGUCCUUAUAGAUCCUGCUGUUACAUCAGACAAUGUCAGUAUGGUAGUUGCUGUGAAAGAAGCUAAACAGGAAGAGCAUGACAAGGGAAAGAAGAGUAAGGAAGAGCAGAAGGAAGCACUUAUUGACCCAUCAAUUCCAUCAGAUCUAAAUAAAGCCUUGGAAGAAACUGUGCCUCCCAGUUUGGAACAACUAUGGUCAUAUACGUGUGAUUUAACUAAGGGUCACAAUGUGAGCAGUAUGGCUUGGAGCAAAGUAAACCCAGAUCUUUUGGCUGUUGGUUAUGGAGCGUUUGAUUUUAAAGAACAGAAGAAAGGCUUGGCAUGCUGUUGGUCAUUGAAGAACCCCAUGUGGCCAGAGCGUAUUUUCCAGUGCGAGCAUGGUGUUACUGCAUUGGAUUUUUCUAUGACAAGCCCGAACCUUUUAGCAGUUGGGAUGUACAAUGGUACCAUCACAAUCUAUAAUGUACGGAGUUGUACCACCACUGCAAUUCUGAAUAGCAGAGAUUCUUCAGAAAGACAUACAGGUCCUGUAUGGCAACUGAAGUGGUUGGAACAGGACAGAGACACAGCAGAUGAUGACAAGAGAGAGAGAUUAAUCUCUAUCUCAGCAGAUGGCCGACUAACCAAGUGGCUUAUACAGAAGGGACUAGAUUGCACUGACCUGAUGAAAAUAAAGCGAGCAGGAAGUGAGAAGAAAAACUUACCAUGUGAGAAAGAAAGGAAAAGUGUAGUUCUCAUAUCUCAGCAGGCAGCUGGAAUGUGCUUCGACUUCCAUCCAAAGGACACUAAUUUUUAUCUUGCUGGAACAGAAGAGGGUCUUAUUCACAAGUGUUCUUGUUCAUACGAUCAGCAGUUUCUGGAGACAUACAAAGGACAUAAGGGUCCUGUGUACAAAGUCGCUUGGAAUCCGUUCAGCACUGACAUGUUCCUAAGCUGCUCUGCGGACUGGACCAUUAUGUUAUGGCACCAGAACUCACAGAUGCCCAUUUUAACUUUCAGUUCCACCACUACUGUUGUUCAUGACAUUAUGUGGUCUCCAAAAUCAGUCUUUAUAUUCGCAGCAGCGAAUGAAAGCAGAGCAGAAAUUUGGGAUCUCAGUGUCAGCAUCCUGGACCCUGUGAUCACUCGCUUUGCCAACCCAGAAGCGAAAUUCACAUCUGUACUCUUUGCUAAGAACGCUGACUGCCUUCUAGUAGGAGACAGUAGAGGAGAAGUCAGUGUGUUUGAGCUGCAGAACCUGGCUGCCUCCAGCAGUACUAAGGUUGAUGCCUUACGUGAUGUAAUCAGUCCCGCUCUAACUACUUAACAGUAGCUAAAUGACACCACUUCCCAGUUGGUAAACAGUAGGAAAGACUUCUGGUAGUAUUAUCGUGAAGUGUUUAUUGCUUUUAAAUUCAUUAAAAUUUAUAUUUGGAACCA